GCGUCCACUCGUAGGUUUGUUUGUUCUCUUGGUCAAAUAAUUUAGUAAGGUAGCAGCUGGAGGGUUGUUAGGUCUUGCCUGUCUAUUUUAAAUGAAAUAUUAUAAUAAAACGGCUAUAGUAUCAACAAUAGUUAUGAAAAAUACUUUAGAUAGUUGGCAUUCUUAGAUUUUUAAGCUACUAUACAUUUCAAAAACAUGCACGAUUGCGGCUUAGACUUACUUGAUCAGUGGAUUGAAAAAAUCUCUAACUGCGAGCUUUUAACAGAGCCUCACGUUAAGAAGUUAUGUAAUAAGGCAAAAGAAAUCUUAAUUAAAGAGAGUAACGUUGUAGAAGUUUCCUCGCCGGUAACUAUUUGCGGUGACGUUCACGGACAAUUUUACGACCUUCUUGAAUUAUUUCGAAUUGGCGGCGAAGCACCCAACACUAAUUUUCUUUUCUUAGGCGAUUAUGUUGAUAGAGGUUUUCACUCUUUGGAAACUGUAAGCUUAUUAAUUUGCUUAAAGCUAAGAUAUCCGAGUCGGGUUACUAUUCUACGAGGCAACCACGAAUCUCGCCAAAUAACUAUGGUUUAUGGUUUUUACGACGAGUGUUUUAGAAAAUAUGGAGAUAACGUUGUAUGGAAGCACUACACAGAUUUGUUUGAUUAUUUGCCGAUCACUGCCUUAGUAGAAAAUAAGAUCUUUUCUUUGCACGGCGGGCUUUCACCCUCUGUUGAUUCUCUUGACACAAUUCGAAGUCUAAAUCGUAUAGUUGAAGUCCCUCACGACGGCCCGAUGUGCGAUCUACUUUGGUCUGAUCCGGACGAGCGAACUUCCUGGGGAGUCUCGCCACGAGGUGCUGGCUACACGUGGGGUCAGGAUAUUACAGAGGUCUUCAACCACAAUAACAGUCUUACGCUGGUUGCUCGGGCCCAUCAGCUUGUAAUGGAAGGGUACCUUUGGUGCCAUAAUCGCGGCGUCGUGACCAUCUUUAGCGCCCCAAAUUAUUGCUACCGCUGCGGUAAUCAAGCUUCCAUAAUGGAAUUGGAUGAUAGCAUGAAAUACACUUUCUUGCAAUAUGAUCCCGCUCCACGCCCUGGCGAGCCCAAUGUUACCCGACAAACUCCCGAUUACUUUCUGUAAGGCUUAUCAGUACUCUUUUAUGAGCGGGACUCCCCAAAACUGUAUAAAACCUAGUGAAAAUCAAAAGGC